UAUGACAGUUGGCCAGUGCCAUUCGAAUGAUUCACACGACCUGGAAUUGGCUCACUGAACUGUAAAAUCAAUAAACAAAAACAUUAUUUGAAUAUUCGUGCGCUUCUUGCAUACUUAAGGAGUUGAGUGUUCGUUCUGUGCUCGACCCAGAAUUUCGUCGCAUAUUUGGUGUAAAUAAAGAAACAAACCGUCAAACUGUUGUCAUGUCGCAGCGCAGCUUCUCAAACUGUAACAGCUGCUGCGGCCUGUUAGCAGUGAUACUUGUGGUUCUUUGCGGAAGUCUGGUGCAUGCCGUGAAUGAAAACAAUACGGACGCGGAUCUGCAGCGUUUGCUGGGACCCUGCCACAUGCAGAGCAGCGACUUCGACAAGUGCAUUCUGCAGGCCUUAAACGAUUUGAAGAUGUACUACAAAACAGGCAUACCCGCCUAUCAUGUGAAGCCCUUUGAGCCCCAUCAUUCGGACUAUGUGGAACUGCGGCGCGGGUUCGCGGUCCAAGGGAUCGGCAACUUUUACCUCGUUUUGCGCAAUGUCUUCGACCGCGGAUGGUCGAACUCUAAGGUGACCAGAUUCCAGUCCCAUUUGGACGAGCAGCGCAUUACCUUUUCGCAACACUUUCCUGAAAAGACCCUGGAGGGUCAGUACUCGUUCACCGCCUCGGUGCUGGGCACACAGAUCCAGCGUCAAGGCUCCUGGAACCUCACGCUGCGCGAUUACAGUCAAACCACCGACAUUGUACGCGUUGGCGGCCCAGGCUCUCUCCUCAAGGUUCAUGUGGAAAUCGAUCACAUUGGAGGCCUGGAAAUUCAUGCUGGAAAUCUACUUGGGCCGUCCAUAAACCCAUUGGCCGACACCAUCGUCAAUGGCCUCUGGCAGCUGGGUCUGCCCUUUCUCAAGCCCAUGCUCAAUGAGCUGGUGAGCACCGCCUUUACGGACAUCUUCAACGAAUCCUUUCGCUACUUUCCCCUCUCGAAGUUCCUGAGUGCAAAAUAAACACCUUUACACUUCCUUCAGCUCUGCUGUAGCCCUUCAUUAAACCCAAGAAGCUGCAACCUUGCCCAUCCAUUUA